AUGGUGAACUUCAUUCCUUUGAAUGCUUUGCGUACUAAGAUCUCAUUCCCUGCAAUCCGUGUUAAGAUAAUCAGCAAAUGGAGUGCAAAAAUCGGAGGAGAUCAUCAUUCGAUCAUGCUCUUAGGGGAUGAGAAUGGAGUAACAAUACAAGGAAGCUUGAACUAUUCUAUUUCUCUACGUAACGAGAUUGAGUUGAAAGAUGGUGAUUGGGUUGAGAUACUCAAUUUUGAAGUAGGACUUGCUACUGAUUUGUACAGACUCACAAAGAACAAAUACAGAAUCAAGUUCACGGAAUCAACUUUGUUUACGAAGAUAGAACCACUCAACGGUUCUAACUUUCUGUGUUGUGCCAACUUUCGUGCUAUAAAGCGGGGUCUUUAUCAUCCUAAGUACUGUGUUGGAGAUCUUAUUGCGCAUCAGCAACCUGAUCCUGCUAACAUUUACAAUACUUUCUUCUAUUCGAUGGAGUUCUCCUUGAUAAGUCUCGGGUUUACUCAUAUAAAGUGUGUUGCUUACGGAGCUCUAGCCCAUAAUUUAAAUGCGUUCUGGCGUUCGACUACUGAAGAUGUUGUGGUGUGUGUUCUAAGGUUAUGGCGAAUUGAAUGGGGAACAGGUGGCUUCAAAUAUGUUACAAACUUACAAGGUGGUUCUGAAAUUCUAUUUGAUACUGAUAUUCCAGAUAUUCAGUUCUUCAAAGCGCAGAUUCCAUUCAUUGAAUUCUGA